CGGCAGUGGGGAUGCUGGGCACUGUCCUGUGGUGUUGGAGACAGCAGGGCCUCCCUGUAGCGCUGGAGACAGCGGGGCCACUUCUUCUGGCACUGGAGAUGGCUCCCAUGCUCGUCUUCAGGAAUGGCUACAACUCCCUUUCUUCGGUACUCGGGCAGGCAGCUGUUCCUCUUCCUCUUGGAGGGGGCAGCAGGCCACAGAGUGUCCAAACUCCCCGCUGACGAGGCACCAGCCUUGGUCCUCGAAGAAGGUGUCCAGGCUGCCAUCCCCCAGCAUGGGGAAGGGGGGUUCGUCUUAGGCGUUUGCGAGGCCGGCUUUUGGAGAGCCUUCAGGCUGAGCCGUUCCUUAGCCGACUAUACCUCAUCUCGAUAGAAGGUCUCCAUGAACGGGGUGUUCGUAUUAGCACACCUCAAAGCAGUGCCCAACCUCUUCAGCCUCGAUCCGGCAUUGUUCUUUGUGCCAGAACUCUAUUAUCUUCUUUAAACACCAAUUGUGGCAGGAUAGUGUCACGUCCCGAGCUGUUACCAGUAGGAAGAGAAACUCAGAGACCAGAAGUUGCAGUGAAGCUCUGUUGCACACAUUUAAUUCACAAAACAACAAACAAAACACAGGAACAAAAAACAAGCACAAGGGCCAAAAGAAAGAUUCAAACAAAACAAUACAAUGUAAUGUAAUAUUAGGUAGGCAGGGCAUUCACCUUCACUACAGUUUCAAACACAACAAAACACAGGUCCAAACUCACUAAACACCCUCCCCCAGACAGGAUUAUACAUGUGGACACUCCCCAGUUAGCACCAAUUACCUAACUGGGGAAUGGGCACAUCAGUGAUUGCUGGCAGGGACAGAUUUAACCCAAUCCCUGCCAACCUUCCAUUCCCAGACACACACUAUUUACAGCAGCAUAGCUUCUACCCUGCCACAUGCACAUGACUGAUUCUCUGCUAAUCCACGAAAAUGUGGUGCCAGCAUUAUGUGCUGUCAAACAUCGAGUCAUAGAAUAGACUCUUAACAAUUUCGACUGAACUAAAGAAAAGAGAGGCCUUUUUUCUACACUUUUUUACAGUGGUACUGGGCUGGUCAUUUUAGGCUUGCCUAUAUUUGUGUGUGUAAUUGUAACAAACUAACAUUUUUUUCAUUUCCUUUCUAAAUUGGUGGUAACAUCGAAAUGAUGAUCUCUGACAACCUUCAACAACAGCACACAUUUCUGGGGUCCUGUUGCUAACUGGGGACUUCCCAUUGCUGCCAUAAAUGAUAUGAAGAAAAGCCCAGAGAUCAUCAGUGGAAGAAUGACCUUUGCUUUGUGUUGUUACUCGCUUCUAUUUAUGAGGUUUGCCUAUAAAGUACAGCCAAGGAAUUGGCUUCUUUUUGCCUGCCACAUAACUAAUGAAGCUACGCAGCUCGUCCAGGGUGGAAGGCUUAUUAAAUACAGACUGGAAAAGAAGGCGGCCUCUCAAUAAUAGGGAACCAGAAGACUUCCAAAGGAGCAGCCAGACCAAAUUUCCAUCGCCCAAAGCAAAAAUAAAAUCAAGCCUUCUGAUUUAAAAAUCGUCUCGCACAAAGUGGCCAGCAUGAAGGAAAACACAGCCUUUCACUCACUUAUUUCUAUUUUUUUAUUUUAUAGAAAAGUAGCAUUGAAGUUUCAAUAGGCUGAUGGCAUAGAAACAUAUUGUGAUGCUGAUUUGAAUUUAUUUUGUGUACCUGGUUCUAUUGUGUGUUAAUCAUAGAGCUGUUCAUAACGUGUUUAAGAUAUGUUAAUAGAACUGACCCAUUCUGUUAAUAGGUGAUAGAGUUGUGAUUUCCAAGUGGCUAACUGCAUUGUCAACAGGGUUUAUUUUUAAAUAUUUGAUCAAUUAAAUGGUUGAAGAUGAAGUCUGAAUUUAUUGUAAAAAAAAAAUAAAAAGAAAGAAAGGGCA